AUGGGGGAUCUCAAUUCAAACCGCAUAGGCUACAAAUGGCGCUCCUCAAAAUGGUUCAUUGUCGCUACUGUGACGAUUGCCUUAUUUAUUGAAUCCUUUCUUUAUGGAUUUUUGGUGCCUAUUUUACCUUACAUGUUUAGGAAUCGUCUGAAUCUAGAUAUAUCUCAAACACAGCGUCUUACCUCUGCCGUUCUCUCUCUGCACGGUUUCAUCUCCGCUGUGUCUGGCCCCGUCAUCGGGCAUUUCGCCGACAAAACACUCGACCGCAAAACACCGCUUCUACUGUCGCUCGCAGGAUGCAUUGCAGGAACUAUCAUGGUUGCCUGCUCUCGCUUGCUUCCAUUCCUCUUCCUUGGCCGUAUCCUACAGGGCGUCGCCGGAUCAACCGCGUGGAUAGUUGGCCUCGCUACCGUGGCCGACACGCUGGGCCAAGAUAACAUGGGCACAGUGAUGGGCGUGAUCAUGUCCUUUGUCAACGCCGGCAUGAUCAGCGGACCGAUGGUCUCUGGAAUAAUGCUCGAAGUAGCCGGGUACUGGCUGACGUGGUGUGUGCCUCUGCUGGUUCUGGUCGUGGACGUCAUCGCACGACUAUUGAUGAUUGAAGCCCCGGAAGAAUCCAGCUCGGAUUCGUCUUCAGAGGUGGCGGAAGCAACAAGCCUUCUCCCUCAGCAAGAGCGCAGUAAUUCGCAUGAUGCAUCCACUACCAUUGGCUUCUGGCGCUUCAUGCUGAGCGAUAUUCGAGUGGUGACCACUUUGAUUGUUGCCAUUUCGUGUACAGGCAUGAACACAAGCUUCCAUACAACGCUUGCUCUGCACACCCAGGAGGCCUUUGGGUGGGGAACAAGCCGCGUUGGGUUCAUGUUUUUCCUCCUCGCUAUGCCCGCUAUUAUUCUUGGACCUUUUGCUGGGAUGCUCCGCGACCGUAUAGGAGUCAAGAUCCCUGCUACUAUCAGUCUCAUUCUCCAAGCGAUGAUGAUGGGCCUGCUAGGGGCUGCUGGUAACCCUAACUUGCCCUGGGCUAGCUUCCAGAAUCGAGGCCCUGCGCUCUUCAUAGCUGGUAUCAUUGCCAUGGGUACCUUGCGACCCUUUGUGUCUGGCAUUGGACCUGUCGAACUCACUGCCGUCGUUAAGACACAUGAAAAACAGGAGCCUGGUAUCUUCGGGCCUCGAGGUGGCUACUCCCGCGUUUUUUCCAUGACUGAUGUCGCCGCCCAUGCCGGCUUGACCAUUGGCCCGGUUGUCUCCGGCGCUCUUUCUGAAAAAUUCGGCUACGCUACCAUGAGUUGGACCUUGGGCUCUCUAUAUCUCUCCCUCGCUAUUCUGGUGCUCAUUUUCCUAGGAUCAGGAUCCAGAAGCAAGGGCGGGAAGGCCAAGACUGAACAAGAAGAUCUUGAUUCGCAGUCCGUAUAG